AUAUCAACGUUAACGAAUCGUCCGUAGUAUCACGCCACCUGCGGCACCAAUCAGCAGGUGGGCUGCAUCGAGUGCACGGUCAGCACUUUGAUGUUAUAAAAGAGCGACGACAGCGUGGCCCGUCCUCUUUUCUUCAACGAGUUUGGAAUAACACCGGUGGUGCAAGCGCAGUUAGUGUGAAUAAAGUUUGUGCUAGGUUAACAUUAGUGUUUUUUAAAAAGUAAGUGUAGUGCUUCACAUCCCUAACUGGUGUCAGAAGUGGGAUACUGUGAGGUGUUGAAAAAGUGGAAACAUCCCGCCGCACAUCGACCAGCAAGAAGGAUCCGAGACCCACCCGUGGAUGCAGCCGUUACUUUUGUAAGUAGACCAUCAAUCUUAGCAAAGCACUCAUACUUGUGAAAUAUUCAUAUACAUAUACUAUGCCUGAAACCAGACUGUCGGAGAUGGAGGCGCUUAAAGCCGAGAUGCAGGAGCUUAAAGCGAUGUUGACGAUCGGAAACAGCAGCAAGUUCUGCAUUCCCGAUCCGAUUAAAUAUUUAUCGGAAUUUUCCGGAAAUAAGAAAGAACUGUCUAGCUGGCUACGUGAAGUAGACCAAGUGUACGACAUGUUUAAAGUGAAGGGCGCCAAUGGUGAUCCUGACUCAAUUAGUUCUAUGUAUUUGAGAGCUAUUAAAAAUAAAGUGAAAGGAGAUGCCCGCGCAAUUCUAUGCGCUAAUGGCGAUCCGGACACCAUCAGUGAAAUAAAGCAGAUACUCCUGGAGCAAUAUGGAGACCAUCGCGAUUUCGCAACUAAUGUGUCAGCAUUAUUUAACAUACGGCGUGGCGAUAAAAGCCACCUCAAAUUCUAUAACGAAUGUAAAGACAUAAACACUCGGUUAAAAGCAAAUUUGUCGUCUAAUCCAAUAACUGAGCGGCAAAUUAUAGAAAUUUUAAGUGUCACAAGGUAUCUCGAUAAUAUUGGAGAACCACUCGCCUCUAUAAUAAGGCAAUCUAAGCCACAAUCAUUAGAGGAGGCAUACGAAGCCGUAUGCACAAACCAAAAUGCGGAAACUAGAACAAAACCAUCUAAGUUUCAGUUUCAACCCAAAUCACAAAGCUACUCUAGCAGCAACAACGCGAAUAAUAACAAUACUAACAACCAUAGCAAAUCAUAUGCAAACGCGGGUAAAGGUGCUUAUAAAAAACCGAUGCAACAGCAUAAACCUCGCGUAGAAUACAACACCAAUGAAGUGAACGUGGAUAGUGACGACGAUGACGACGACGAGGGCAAUAUGAUAAACCGUGAAGUGCGAAAAGAUGAAUCGGAUUUUUACGACGAGGAGGCUCGCGAAGCAACAACGUGA